AUGGAUUCCUCCCCCGCUUCCUCCACGCCUCCCUCACCAGCCACCCCGGCUACUCCGGCCACCCCCGGAACACCACAAGACCGGUCCGCCUCAUCACACAAGGAACCCAUGUCGCCACUCAUGUCCAACCUCAAUCGUCUGUCAAACGCGACAUCACGCCCAAACCUCCCUCCAUUGCAGAACACCGGCAGCUACGCCAGCCGUGCCAGCCGCUCCUUCUCCAAGUCAUUCAGCUACUGGUCCGGAUACAGCACGCCCGUCGACGACGACGCAGACGAGCAGGCGACACCAAUCGACACGAGCUUCGGCAGCACCUCUGUUGACAUGACAAAAGUGCUCUAUCCGACACUUGAGAACCACCCGUCACCGCUCGAGCACCCCCUGCUCGUGCUCGAUCUCGCCGAGCUGACGUCGGUGCCCGCGAGCGUCACUAACGAUGAGCUCCUCAGUGCGCUCCUCCGCCGCCUCGAGCCCUGGGUCGGAGAGGAUGACGAUGGAGCGUACUGCCUUGUGGUCCUCGCUUCCGAUGACCGAGAUAUGCCCGGCAAGGGCAAGGCGCGGUCUCUCCCUGGUGUCACUUGGUGGCUGUGGAACUGGCGACGGAUCCCUCGAAAGUGA